AUGGAUGAUUCGACCCACUACGACUGGACUCUGACCUAUGUGAUCGUGCUGGCGGUGGCCACGGCCACGACGGGCACGACGCUGCUGCUCUCGUUCAAGCACAUCAAGGUGGGGGACUCGGCCGUGCAGUACAUCACGUACUCGGUCUGCCGCCUGUACUUCGUCUACUCGCUGGCGCGACUGCUGCUCUACGUGGGCGUGCUCAUCAACUUCGACGGACUGCUGGACGCGCUGGACGAUGGAGAACUCAUGAGCGCACGCGCCGUGUACUCGGACGGGAAGCAGUUCAAAGCCAUCGCAGUGACGGUGACGCUGAUCGGAGACUGCGCGUUGCUGUGCACGACCUUCUUCAUCACCACGCUGGCGUACGAGAUGAAGCGCCUCAUCAUCAAGUCCAUGGACAGAGGCCCCAAGCGCGAGCGCGCCAUCAUCCGGCAGUACUGCUUGCGCGCGUACAUCGUGGCCGUUGUGUUCGCCAUUCUAAUGAUCGUAUCGGCCUUCCUGCCGUCCGCCAAGUCGGAGACGCUGCAAACCAUUGCGUUUUGGUUCGAGCUGGUGUGUAUCUGGGUGUCUGUGCUGUAUCCGCUGUACGCUACGGUGUGGAUUUCUAGACAGAAGCGCACACGGAGUGCAGUGGACCCGGCGUCGCUGCUGCUGCACCAGCGCAUCAAGACGUUCGUGAUCGUGUACUGCGUGCUCGUGUUCCCGUCGUGUAUCGUGGAGGUGCUGGUUCGCCUCGUAGACAGCGUCCGGAUGGAGUGGGUGGGGCUCACGCAGAUCCUAUACUACCUCUCAGGCGCAGGUACGGCCUUCGCGAUCGGCAUCAGCGUCACGUGCUGCUUCCGCGCACUGCGUCCGCUCAUGUCGUCAUCGGUGUACGAGCAGCUCCUCGAAGGUGGCUACUUCCCUGACGAGCUCGGACUACAGGACGUGAUCGUAGAAGCCCCUACCCGUCGACCGAUCUUCGUGGUGACCGACAUUGAAGGCUCGAGUCGACUGUGGGCGGGGAACGCGCAGGCCAUGGCCGAAGCGCAGUCGAUCCACGACGACCUGCUGCGGCAGCAGCUGCCGCGCUUCCGAGGCUACGAGAUCACAACCGCGGGCGACUCCUUCCAGCUCGCGUUCCAUUGCGUCCGCGACGCGAUCGGGUGGUGUGUCAGCGUGCAGGAGAAGCUCUUGAAGGCGCCGUGGCCCGCCGCUCUGCUCAAGUACGACAACGCUGCGCGCAUGUACGACAUUUGGACGCGCUUGGUGUUCAACGGGCUGCGGGUGCGCAUGGCCAUCCACGACGGCGACGAGCGGCUCGUGUGCUCUCGACACCCGACCACAGGCAAGAUGACGUACCUCGGGCCUAGCGAGAUGAUGGCGCGCGAGAUGAGCGAGAUGGGACGCGGUGGCCAGAUUGUCAUGAGCGCGUCGGCGCUCGCGGUCUACAAGGAAGAAGUGCUGCAGUUCCCGCCGAGGAGUGCUGGGAGCGAGGACAAGUUCAGGGUCAAGCCAUUCCGAGCUUUCGAGCAGCCCGAGUGGGGGAUCUCCGUCAAGAUGCACGAGGUGGUGUCCACACGCAUCGGAGACCGCUUCAACGCGCGCUUGGAGCGCAUCAACGAGCGGUUGCGCUUCCUCACGCACUUCCGGAGCGAGGAUUCGUCUACACGCAACGCCACGACCGCCAUAUCCGUAUGA